AUGGGCAAGCGUCUGACUCACGAGGGUAAGGACGAGAAGAAACCCAGUUCAGGCACAACACUGCGAAACUACUUCCAGAUCGAGUCUCGAAGGGAAAUCCUCAACGCCGCCGGAUGGAAUGGGCCACCGAGCCGGUGGCAAAGCUCCGCGGCGACGCUAUCAUCGGCCUUCUUAUUAGCGCUGGCCGUACCGCAAACCUUGCAGCCACAUCCCUUCAGCACUGGCCAUCGAGAGGGCGAGGGCCGUCUUGCUCACCGACACCAAAACCGUUGA